CUUGGCCUUCUACAAGGCGAUUGCUGUUCACUCCUACAGCCUUCGAUCGGAGUUAUUCUCUAUUACUUGAGGUACGAGCACAGCGACCAGUGAUUGUUGCAGGAGAGAAUUGAUACUCCAGUCAGGAACUUCCGGAAGAUUUUUUGCACGAGCAACUGUGAAUAAAUUAGUAGGUCCUUCUUGGUUUGAACGUUCUUGCGGAUUGCAAAGUCGUGUGCUUGGAUGGAAGUUUCGUCAACUGAGGUGAACAGUGAGAGUCAAGAGGAAGUUUGCUAGAAAACAACCCGGAAGGAAAUCUCAGAAAAUUCGCCAUGUUCAACAGAUCUCAAGGAGGAAAAAGAGGAGAGGAAAAUCGGGCAGCGAGCAGGAAAAGCUCAGGCUUCAACCUUUUCAUGGAAACUCCGCGUGGUACUGCGAGGAUUCGUCCCGAAGAGACGCCGUUGCAGACGGCCAUACAGGAUCGACUCUUGAGAAACUCCGACUCUGCCACGCGUCAUAAUCUACAGUCUUCCAUGAGAACGAGCGCUAUGUCCAGGCUACUAUUUGCCAAAGACGAUGUCCGCCCACAGUCCAGUGCAACUAGGAGAACUUCUCACGGGUCAUCGCUGCCGUCCACUUCUGGUCACGGCCAGUCUUCGGGAACACCAGCAUUACACCAAAGACCAGCAGGGCACUUACCAUCAGCAAAUGGACAGCCAGUUUGGAGUGGAGAGACACCCAGCAGGAGACCAUACGACCAUGAAGCACAGCUGGAGCAUUACAAGAAGAUGGCGCUGAAAGUGCAACGCGCAAAGAACAGGCAGCAGAAACAGUCCAAACUGUUCAAAAUGAUGGAGGAUUCAACAGGCCAUAAAUCGACAGCCAGAUCAAAUCCAACCCACUACAAUGAUGUAGCACAGAGAAUGCAAUCCACAACCUCAAGCAGGCCAUGGUUCGCCCAGAAAUAUCAAGAAGCGGCGGGGCAACGGAAGGAAAAUGUGGCGAAAGGGCCACCAGCCAGCACUGGAAUCCCACAAAGUAUAGCAAACAGCAGGUCUUCUCUUGCCAGCAGGCAGUCAAGCAGUCUUCACAAGCAGCAACAUGCCCAGCAGAAGAACGGAUCGGUUGCGGCCCAAACUGGGCAGAUGCCCAGCGCCAGGACACCUAGUGACACGCUUCUCGAAAUGAUGAGAGGGACUGUCAAAGAACAUUACAUAAAGCGCUACAGGCAACGUCGGCGGCGGCACACAUGGGAUUCCGAUAGUGACUCGCAUGCUGAAGAGGAGGACGAGGAUGAAGAAAAGGAUCUUGCCAAGCUGCUCAACAUUGACCCAGACGAAUGCGUGGACUACUCAUCCCAGGAGUUGAUAGCAAUGUACAAUGGCGAGGAUAUCGACACAUGGAAGAAGAAACGUGAGAGCAGCGAGGAGGAGGAGGAAACAGAAGAGGAGGCCAACCAGGAACCCAGGGUAGAGAACUCGCCAACCAAGUCUCCAGCGCCAGAGCAGACGAUCGCAAACGUCCCAGAAGAGAUGGCCACAGCACCACAAGAGGCCAAGCUAAAAGAAUAUGAUGAUGGAUUCAACAGUGAGGAUUUGUGGGAUGAUGCCAAUUGGUUUCCACUCACACCGCCAUCUACCAGUGACAACAAUCAAGCAACCACGGGAGUGCACAUUUCAGUAAAAGCACCCGAGCUAGGUGUGGUGAGACACAGAGCCGACAACCCAGUAGUCAGCAUUCCCACUCUGCCGGUGAGCAGUGACUCCGACCGCAGCAGAUCACCACUGCUACACACUCACCAUCAUGAUCGGGAUCCUGCUAAUCACUCUGUACAGAGCUGUGCAAGCCAUCGCACAGCUCAUGCCGAGAUCAUGAAUACUCAGUCACCACCAGAUUCACCUGACAAUGUCCCACCAUCGCCACCCGGACCACACGAGCUGCCCGUGUGUUCCCCAAGCACAGGCCCCCCAGAACGGUCCCGACUGACAGAGGAUGAAGUCAUGUAUCAUGCUAUACAGAUGCACAACCAUGCCAUUGGACUUCCGAGUAGCAAUGGUGGGUGGCCAUGGGAAGUGGAGCCGUGAUGCACUAUAGUGGCAAUGCAGUGCUGCGAAGUGGAGCCGUGAUGCGUUAGUGGUAAAGCAGCGCUGCGAAGUGGAGCCGUGAUACGCUAGUGGUAAUGUAGUGCUGCUGCUGCAUGCGCUGCGCCCAACCAGUACGUGUUAGUAGGUUCUAGCACACAAGCAGAACUACCGGUAUUUUCCACAGUGUGAGCUACUCGUCAGUGUGGCACUAAUCAACACAGACAGACUUGGCAUAGCUGCCUGCAUAGGACACACAUGUACUGGCCAAAACCGUUGCUAUAGUUCUGCCGCCCGUGUGGGUAGCAAUGCACACACUCUCACCCUCAGAACUAACACUCCAUGGUCUAAGUUUUCAACAUUUUUGUUUUUCUGUGACAAGCAUACACACAACACUCUCACCACCAUGCACGCAACGCCUUUGCUUUACUCCUAGACAAUCGCGCACAUGCGUUGUAAGCUAGCAACUCUGAGUAUACAGGUCACUGCUUAGAGUGUUCACAUCUAUCUAGUACAUGUACUAGCGCUCCUAUAGGUAUUAGUACAUCAUUGUAUAGUCGUCGCCCUAGCCCCCACCCCCCCCCCCCCCCCCCAUGACAUAGAAUCUUAGAGUGGCCUAUAGUAAUUAUUAUCAUAUUAACCAUGGAAAAAGAAGAUACUCCUUGCAACAAAUAAUUUUAAAAGCACACGUGGAGACACAAGACGACUAAAAAAUGGGUAUUAAGACGAGUAAGACACAUAACACCAAAUACGUGAUGUAGUACAAGUAGGUCCGAGAUAACGAGAGAGCUUGGAAGCUCAGGGCCCUACGCUAUGCUUUUUUGCCUUGAUGACCUAUUCUUAAAAAUACU